AUGGGGAAAGAUCUUAGGAGUUUGGUUACUAGGUGCAUCUACGUUGGGAAGAUGAAUGACAAUGUAAGGAAGCUGAAACUCGCAACCGAAGAACUCAAAGAUCUUGGGAGCAGCGUGAUGAAAAGAGUCAAGAUCUGUGAGGAGCAGCAACAGAUGAAGCGGCUAGACAAAGUCCAGUCUUGGCUUAGACAAGCUGACACUGUUAUUAAAGAAGCUGAGGAAUAUUUCUUGAUGUCUUCUUCUUCUUCUUCUUCUUCGGGUUUGAUAUCGUCGAGCCACAAGUUGGAGAAGAAGAUUUGCAAGAAGCUGAAAGAGGUUCAAGAGAUUAAGAGCAGAGGAAUGUUUGAGGUUGUUGCGGAGAGUAUUGGAGGAGGCAUUGGAGGAGGAGGAGGAGGCGGAUUGACGGUAAAGGAUAGCGAUGAGCAGACGAUUGGGUUAGAGGCGGUUUCGGGUUUGGUUUGGAGGUGUUUGACGAUGGAAAACACUGGGAUUAUUGGCUUAUACGGUGUGGAAGGUGUUGGAAAGACCACGGUUUUGACUCAGGUUAAUAACAGGUUGCUUCAACAGAAAGCUAAUGGUUUUGAUUUUGUUUUGUGGGUCUUUGUGUCCAAGAAUCUGAAUCUUGAGAAGAUUCAAGACACGAUUAGGGAGAAGAUUGGGUUUUUGGAUAGGACGUGGAUGAGUAAAACCGAAGAAGAGAAAGCUGCCAAGAUUUUUGAGAUCUUGAGUAAGAGACGUUUCGCUUUGUUUCUUGAUGAUGUUUGGGAGAAAGUUGAUCUUGUGAAAGCUGGAGUUCCACCACCCGAUGCACAGAACCGGUCGAAGAUAGUGUUCACGACGUGCAGCGAAGAAGUUUGUAAGGAGAUGAGUGCACAGACGAAGAUCAAAGUGGAGAAAUUAGCAUGGGAACGAGCUUGGGACUUGUUUAAGAAGAAUGUUGGAGAAGAUACAGUGAAGAGCCACCCGGACAUAGCUAAGGUGGCUCAAGAAGUUGCAGCCAAAUGUGAUGGUCUUCCUUUGGCUUUGGUCACCAUUGGCCGAGCCAUGGCCUCCAAGAAAACUCCUCAAGAAUGGCGUGACGCCUUGUACAUCUUGAGUAACUCUCCUCCUAACUUCUCAGUUCUCAAACUACUGGACAGGAACUAGGUGAAGCCGAGAUGUGGUAUUUAAAUUGGGAAAACAUUGAUGUAUUGUUUAAAGUUACUGGCUAGGUUAUUUUUGAAAGAUUUGUUUGAUUUUUUUCUAUUGUGUAUUUGCUUUGUAAUUUUCUCAUUGAUCAUAUAUAAUAAGAAUGAAUGUUCUAGUCUCA